GCUUGUUUCAGGUUUGGGAAUGACGGAGACGCCGCGAGCCAAGUUCCAUGUGCUCCGACCAGCGGCCAGCGUGCCGUCGUCCCCGGCGCGACCGCCUGCGUUGGGUGCAGACUCCGCCAUGCGCCCAAUCCUGCAGAGCAAGAAAGACUUCAGAUCCCCACGUCGGCCAUCCAAGUUGGUGGACAGACCGCACCCUGCUGACACGUACACUGUCAUUUUGCCCGAAAUUCACGACGCGGUCAAGCCAGGCAGUCGCGGGGAAGGUGAUGGAGUCGACCUGAAGCACAGCUCCAACCAAGUCUUGCGGCCUCGAUCGAACGGCCCCGAGGCUGGCGAUGUCAGUGGGUUCUUUGGAACAUCGAGUAGCGUUGGGGUCGUCACAACUGGCGACGCGACCAAGCCGCUACUGGCGAGUGAUUUAUACUUCGAGCUGCAAAAACAAGCCAUGGGGAUACAUUCCCCACGACGCCGGCAGACUGCAAUGGAACGACAUUUGUACCAUGACAAGAUGCAGCAAAAGUACCACGAGAUGCGGGUGCUGCGAGCACGGGUCAAACAACUCGAGGCAGACCUUGCCAAGAACUCUCUCAAGGCAGCCACGUCGGACGAAAGUCCAUUUACAAUGGACAGUGCCACCGAAACCCCGCAUGUGGUGGACAAGGCGUCGUCGCCCGCGAAAACGUCGUCCAGCGCGGUCUCGUCGGACGCCGCCACACGCGACCGCAUCCAAAAACUCGAGCGGCACUUGAUGCAAGCCAAGAACGACAUCGCGACGUUAAACGACGAGCUGGACGUAGCUCGAACAAAUGACAAGGCCAAAAUCGACACUCUCCAGGCCAAGCUCGAGUUGGAACGGGUGGCAAACAAAGUCCUUGGCGAGCGGGUGCACGACGUGGACGCGUCCCUGAAAGUGUGUGUGUCGAAACUCACCGAAGCAGAAAGCGCGCUAGCUCAAGAGCGACAGGAACGAGAAGCGAUGAUCUCUCAACUCACGGCCAUGUCGCGGCAAGCUAUAUCCGACCAUCGCCGUCGCGCCGUAAGCAGCAAGGUCAAGGGUGUGAUCUCGUCCAUGGGGAAAGGCACCCUUCAAACCAAGUUGGACGCGACGACACAGCGGCUAGUGGACAUGGAGAAUGCAAUGAAACAAGUUCAAAUGGAAGCGCUGGCAUGGAAGAAGGAGGCGCUCCAUCGACAAGCAAUGCUCGCAGAAGCAGCAAGUGCUCGCAUGACGCAUCCUGAGAUGACGUCGCCGGCAAUGACAUGGAAUGCAGCCAUGUCCAGCGCCCAAGGGUCGAUGAUAGCCAAGUUGCUCGAUCUGAACUACACCCACGGGGUUUCGGACCGCGUCCUCCCGCCUCAUGUGGUCUUCCACGGCGGUCGGGUGAUCGAUGGCCACUCCCUGCAGCUCCAUGUCGUCCACAGCAAAGACCCGUAUGCAUUUCACGUCGUUGGGUACGACAGCUCGACGGCCCAGGAAGACAUGGUGUCGUUUUUCCUGGACGAUCUGCAUCGCCUCUUGCCCCACCGCACGUUUUUCGACGCGCCCGCCACUCCAGCACAACUGGCCGACCUUGUCAACGUCCUGUGUGGCCACUUGGCUGUGGGUUUCAAAAAUGGCACGUUCUUCUUGGUCGAGCGGCCGCCAUCAGUAGCGCCACCUCAUGGCAACGACGACUAUCCCAGCCAUAAAGUGACAUUGUACCGGGGCAACGGCACUGUCAGUGGCCACCACGUAAGCGUUGUUGUGAAUGAACUGUACCGAAGCGGGUUCAUGGAAACGUGGUCCCUCGAGGUCCUCGCGCUCUCCGUCGCGGACGAAAUUGAGUGGUCGACAUACAUGAGCAUGGAUCAAGUCGCUCGGAUUUGCCCGCACUUUGAAUCGUACGUGCCGCAUGAAGCCAAAGGUCACUCGUUGCCCCACUUAGUCGACGCAAACGAGUUGCUGCUGCAACCUCUUCUUGAGACACUGGCCAUCGACUCGCACGGCCACCUCGUCUCGUUGGCAAUUCCUUCCUUCGAUGCGCUCCCCCCUUCACAAGUUUUCUCAACAACGCCGUCCGUCGCAGCCACGGCAGCAAGUCCUCCCCCGCUUCCAGCGUCCCCGUCGAUGGCAUUCCGCCACGACUCCCUUACGUCCAUCCAAGGCACGUUGUAUUAUUUGACGCUGCGGGAGCUCUGGGAUGGCACAGCGCUGCUCCAAGCGUCACUCUUCGAUGCGUACCAAGAUGCCCUCGUUGUUCACACGUGGAACGAAUCGGACCUCCUCGCACUCAUGCAUUGCGCAUCGGUGUUGGACCCGCCGCUGGCCGCGCAAUUUACAUUUCAACAAGGCAUUGACGUCGAUGUUCGGCCAACGCUCGCGCAACUGGUGACUGGGGCAUUGCACGUCGCGCCCGGGAAACAAUUGGAGCUACGAUAUGACCAACUCGCCCGGUCACUCCGCCCAUCGAUGGCACUGCGCCGAACAAGCAUGUCCAUCCCAGACAGCUCUGCCGACAUCGACGUCGUCGGGCCCGUUAACGAAGCCGACGCCCACCGCACGCUGGGACAGCUAACGUAUCCCAGGUCUGCGCGGGGUCUUCGACUACGGGACGGGUCGUUUGCGCUAGCCAAAGUGUAUUGCACGAAAUCCGCGCCCCAAAAAGCGUACGUGGUCAAGCUGACCCAACUGAGCGCCGCGGCCGUGACGUGGCUGGUCGUGUACCACCGCCUCCCGCUCGAGUUUGUACUGGCGAUGUGGAUGCCGUAACUUAAACAUGCCAUCUCGGGCGACACCACUUGCAUUUGAAACGGGUUACUCCACAGUCAAAUACGUGUGCAGCAGGUAGCUGGCGAGGUCGGUGGCGCCGCUUUGCUUGUAUAUCAACGACAAAUUGUACGCGGUUUCUCGGCACAGCUGAUACUCUGGCGCGACUUGCUUGCCUUGGUAGAAUCGCAGCACGCGCUCGUACAUGGCAAUGGCAAGGUGGUUCAGUUCCUACGCAUCCAGUCUGUGCGUGGGCGAGAAAAGGAGAGGUCGUUACCAGUUGGUGGUAGGCGCGCCCGAUGUUGUACCAGCUCUCGACCUGGCCCAACUCGGACGUGAGUCCGAUCGAGUUGGCUUCGAGUUGCUUGAAACGCGUUUGCUGGUAGAGCUGCAAAAACGCAAACGCCUUGGCGACGGUCAUUUGCCGGUCCACGACCGUUCGAAACAUCGACAUGUUGAGGUAGCUCAGCCCAAUGCAAAAGAGGGCGAGCGGGUCUUCUGGCCUCUGCAAGUGCGCGAGGGUGAGUUCGCCCACCGCCAGCUGCGCCGAAUCGCUCGCGGACGAGUGGAGCCCCGCGAGGACCAUCGCAGGGUAGCACUUGGGGUGCUGGCGCAGCACCUUGGCCUACACGUGUCGAUAUCUGGUCGAGCUCUCAACGUGUGAUAUAUACGAUACGAGGAACUUUUGGUG